AUGAAUUUUCAAACGGACUGCGCUGAUUUGGUGAAGAUGGUAUCUAAACCCGAAGAGUGGCCGGCGUUCGAAAUUCUACUUGAAGAGGUGGACAAGUGUAGAAGGAGUUUCCAGACAUUCUCCUUGACUCAUAUCCCAAGAACGAAGAACACAAAGGCAGACAAGCUAGCACGACGUGCUCGAGAUCAGCCUUACGAUGUGUAUUAUGUUAAGUGUUUGGAGCAUUUGGAGCUUAAUUGGAGCUAUUUGGAGCUAUUUGGAGCAUCAGCUGCUGGAAAACAAGACAAACAGACAUUUGAGUCUUGCGUCGACACCAGCAAUCUGUGAGGUUGUGCUUACAAGAACUCUUCAGUGCUAAACGAGUUCACUCGAUUCAUCCCAUCAAACUAUCAAAGUCGAGGAAGUCAUUGGAUUGAUUCAGUCGCGGAAUCAGCUUCUCAGAAAAAUCCAGUUAACUUGAGCGAGAAGUUUAUUACUUUGACUGAAAGCGUGAUAUGCAAGGCAGCUUUUGGUUUCAGUUUCCAUGAAACUGUUCUCAACAGUGCCGGAUUCGAAAAGUUAAUCCGCGAGGCAUUUUUGUUUCUAGAGAGCUUCUCGGCGUCAGAUUUCUUCCCAAAUGGCGGCUGGAUCAUCGACCGGCUCACAGUCACAAGUUUACAAGCGCGGAGAGAGAGAAGCGUGAGAGAUCUUGAUGCGUUCUAUGAGAAAAUGUUUGAUCUGCAUAAACAGGGAAACAAAAAGGGAGUUGAAGAUUUCGUGGACUUGCUCUUGAGGUUGAAACCCGAAGUGUUUCUCCCGGAGAGGUUUAUGGAUAAUAACAUUGAUGCAAAAGGACAGAACUUUGAGCUGUUAACCUUUGGAAGUGGCAGGAGAGUGUGUCCUGGAAUGUACAUGGGGACAACAAUGGUGGAGUUUGGUCUUGCGAAUAUGUUGUAUCACUUUGACUGGAAGUUACCAGAAGGCAUGAAGGUCGAAGAUAUCGACAUGCAAGAAGCUGCUGGACUCGCUGUGGGCAAAAUGAUCGAUCUUCUACUUGUUCCUGUGAUAAAUUGA